UUUGUGUGUGUGAGUUUCUCCACAGUGUCAUCUUGAAGUCAGACAGAGCUGCAUGUCGGGGGGAAACUACACCGGCACAGGCAGUCAUCAUCAACAGAGAAAGAAGGGGGGAAAAAAUAGGGGAUUGAGAUUAAAGAGAGAAAAGAGCGCUCUACCUAAAAAAACCACAGAACAUAAAGUCCCCAGCUGGAUUUAAGAUAAGGAGACGCGCAUACUUGAAUUAAUAUAAGAAGACGCGUUCAGCUGCAGCGGCUGGGAGUAUCCAUAUUAUAUACAAACACAAAAAAAGGCGGAUCACAUGAGAAUCGUUCUUGUGUUAUGCCCGUAAAGCAGCAAUGACCACAGAUCAGUUUUUGCCUAUGGACGAUAAGUCAGCAACAGCUGUGUUUGCUGCAAAUGGUAUUGAUGUAACACCAAUAAAAGAUCAGGGAGUUUACAAGGUUGUAAGGCGCCAGGGACUUGAUGGGGACCGGCCAAUGAUUGGGGACAAAGUGACUGUACACUACACUGGAAAACUGCUUACUGGGAAGAAAUUUGAUUGCAGUCGGGAACGCCUUGAGCCUUUUUGCUUUAAUGUAGGCAAAGGACAAGUUUUAAAAGCAUGGGACAUUGGUGUACUGUCAAUGCAGAGAGGAGAGGUGUGCACUCUGCUCUGUAAACCAGAUUAUGCCUAUGGACCGACUGGAAAUCCAGACAAAAUUCCUCCCAACUCAUCAGUAGUGUUUGAGAUGGAGCUGCUAAACUUUGAAGGAGAGAUGCUUACAACUGAUGGAGGCAUCAUAAGGAGAAUUAAGGUCAAAGGGGAAGGUUACAGUAAUCCUAACGAUGGAGCCAGAGUUGAUGUACACCUGGAGGGACGCCAUGGGGACCGGUUGUUUGAUUGCAGGGACAUUAGCUUCACUGUUGGACAAGGUGAAGAUGAAGGCAUUCCUUUUGGGGUUGACCGAGCUAUGGACAAGAUGCAAAAAGGAGAAUGCUGUUUACUUUAUCUAAAACCAAAGUAUGGGUUUGGUAGUGAAGGCAAGCUGGAGUACAAAAUUGGACCAGAUAAAGAUAUUGUGUAUGAAGUUACCCUCAAAGACUUUAAAAGGGCUAAAGAAUCCUGGGAAAUGGACUUGAAAGAAAAGCUGGAUCUCACCCCUGCAAUUAAAAAUAAAGGGAAUCAGUAUUUCAAGGCAGGACGGUAUCAACAGGCAGUCAUCCAAUACCAGCGCAUCAUUUCCUGGCUGGAGUUCGAGUUGGGUACUGGGAUUGAGCAGCAUAAAAAGAUUCAAGACUAUGUUAUAACAGCUCACCUCAAUUUAGCAUUAUGUUUCCUACGGCUAAAGGAGUUCUCUCAAGCAGUGGAAAACUGUAAUAAGGUAAUUGAGCAAGAUGAGAGGAGUGAGAAGGCUCUGUAUCGCCGAGGGGAAGCACGGCUUCUGAGGAACGAGUACAGCCUGGCCAUUUCAGACUUUCAGAAAGUCCUCGAAGUCAACCCCUCGAAUCGUGCAGCUCGCUCUCAACUUUUCAGCUGCCAGAACAAGAUGAAGCAACAUCAAGAGCAGGAAAAGAAGAUCUACGCCAACAUGUUCCAGAAGUUUGCAGAAAGGGACUCCGAGACUGGAAGACCAAAGAGGAGGAAGGAUGAGAGCAUGCAGAGCAGCAUGAACGGUAGAGUGGGCAUUAAACGAAGGCGACGGAGUCAGGACUGUCUGUCAUAGCAGGGAUAUUUGAAAAAGGGAGAAGGGACAGCCUCUCAUCUCCUGGGAAAAGAGGCAGAAAAAAAGCUGAAAAAGGCCUCUACCUGCACCUCUUCAUCCCAAAAACUAGUGGGACCAUUCCUGCAUAUAAAGCAGAGAGUGAGCUGAACAGCAUUUAUUUGUCACGUGUACUGUUGAACAACCAGAACGUUCCUCCCUGUGGGGAUAGUACUACAAAAAUCACAGAGUGAAUAUUGAUAUGAACACUUUUUGUCCAGUCUUUUAUAAAAAAAAAGAGUACCUUCUUUACUUAAAACAAACCACAGGAAUCCACCCCUUUUUUAAGUCAUUUAGCAACUGUGCUGACAUGUGCCUCCAAAGUGUGACUACUUGGUAUUAGGCCUUUUGAAGGCAGCUGCAUGCAUGUAUCGUGUUUGGAAUUCAGACUUGAAACGUUGCAAAAUUUGAAAAUGUGCAAUAUGAACUUUGGAUAAAAAAAGCAGAACUUGUAAACCUGCGAGUGUUUUUAAAAAAAACACUAUUAAUUUUUGUUUUGAGCAAAUAACCCAAGUUAAACUUGGGUUAAACACGACUAAAUGAUGAAAGCUCUUUUCUAGACAAUGCAAAUUUUGUAAAUCAGAGAUUCGAACUCUACAUUUUCAUCUGGCAACAGAAGAAGAAUUGCAGAUAAAAGCACAACUAGAUGCCAAAAUGGUCAUAAAACAAAGAGAUGUAUUUUUAAAAGGGUGGCAAAUUCCUGAUCGACAUUCGACUGUAGAUAUUUUUUCUUAAAUGUGACAACGGCUGAAAAGUUUACUUCCAGAAAAGAAUAGAAAAUUGAGCACUUUGUUUUCCUAAAAUUUUCUUUGAUAAUGCACUAAAACAUCUAUACAUCCAUGAAAAUAUCUUUUUUUAAUUUUGUUUUUUUAUAUAGAUUUCACCCAUCAGACAGUAUUAUAAAAAGCCACUCUGGUACUUUGUUUAAUUCAACAAAUAACUGGGCAUGGUUUGAUAAAAGAAAAAAAUAUCAAAUUUCCCAUCACAGGCAGCUAAAAAACUACUACUUAGAUGUAAAAUACAAAAGACAGAAUACCAGCGCAUUCUCCAUAAUACUGUACAUCAAUUCAAAGUUAAUUUAUUUCAGAAAUUCGUUUAGGAAAUGGUAAGCUACACAGAUUUUUAAACCAGAAUGAUCUAUUUAUAGUGUUUGUUUCUGGUGAUUGUGAUGAUUGUGGCUUAUGUAAAAAAUCUGAGAUUAUUAUAAUGAAACAAGAUUAAUAAUCUAUGGAUAAAUAUGGAUCUAAUCCCCAGUUAAACUUAAUUUAUGAAACACUUUCAAUACAGCUAACAUUUAAAGCCAGGGUUUGAAAUGGGUGUCUCUGUGUCGUAGAAUAUAUUCACAGAGUCGUGGCUCCUUAUGGAUGAACCCAGUGAGGCUUGGAGGAGAUCAGUCUUUGUCAUCAACAAUAGCCCAAAGCGUCUCUGUUAAUUCCAAGUCAGGUGUGCACGUUUAUACCAAGGUCAGAUAGCUAUUGUCAUCUGUCAGCUCCACAAAGCUUAGCAAUGGAUGGAAAAAUGUUUUUUCAACAUAUCCUGAUAGAUUGCUGCUCUGACUGUUAUCCCGCGAAAAUAUGGCAGACAGACUCUCUGACAGGAUGGAUCAUCUUGACUGAGGGCCUUCUGAACCUCUUCAUUCUUCCCUCAAACCCACGGACCUUGAUUCCCAAAUAAAAUGUAAAAUGUACUUUUAUUUGAAUAGAUGACUUCCCAGAUAGCAUACAGACAUGGGCCACUUCAGGCAAUAAUCCUGCAGGCAUCCGUGUGGCCCAGACAAAACAGAUGUGAACCUAAAGUUUCCCACAUAUGGUUCCGCAAAUGUGGCCCAGCUUUACCUAAACAGAUUUGGGUCCCGUUUGGCCAAAAAUAUGGCAAGUAAGCCUAAAGUGGCCAAUAAAUGGUUUUUGCACAUAUGGCCCACCUUUACAAAAAACGUUUGGGCCCUUUUUGGCUGAAAUAUGGCAAGUAAGCAUCAAUCAAUCAACCAAUCUUUUUUACUCCAGGUUAGAUACUUUUGACAUCUUUGCUUGAGUAGCGGCUUAACACGACGACUACAAAACUUCCCUGGAUACCAUCUCUUUGUGGUGUCUUGUAAACACUGCCCAAACUCUUCUUAAGCUCCACUUCCCAUGAACAUGCGUGGAUAGAGCUGUGUAAACAUACAGCUGCUUUAGGUAUGACCCGUCUGACUUAUCCUCCUAGUUAAGGGUUUUAAUAAAAAUCUACUGAAUGACUGCCAAGUUAUUUCAUUUUUAUGUAAACUAUAACAUUGCUCCAUUAAUAUUCUUCCAUUGCCCCUGUGUAAUAUUCCAGUUUUCUUUUGGUUAAAAGUAAGCAACAAUCUUCUAAAUGAGCAGGAAUAAUUUCUUUAAAUAUAUCGUUCUGUGAUAUUAUUAAGGCAUUAAUACAAAAUAGAAUUUCCAAUUGUUGAAUAGAAAUGUGUUAAACUUUUGGAUGAUAGUCUAAACUCGUGAAAUGCUCCCUGUGUGUUAUAUUGAAUGUGUCAUAGUGAUGCAGUGGUUUAGCACUUAACUCUUGCAAAGCAGGGGGUUCCCAGCUCUGAACUGCAGGACGGCAAAAGCCUUUCUGUAGAUGGUUGUGUCUUGUCAUCAGUUUACUCCCUCAAUCCAAAGACAAACGGUUAAAUGUUAAAACCCCAUUUAGCUAUAAGUUUGACAUGAAUGUUUUAACCCCCCCUUUUAUGUUUAAGAUAGGGAAGUCUGUGAUAUUUCUUUAUACUCUGGAGCUUUAAAUACAUUCAAAGAGAUAAAAUGAACCUCUAUCCUCUGUAAAAAAAAAAAAAUAA